GUUUUCCUCCUGCAGCUUCAUGUUUCCCGUCGCAGGCGGUUUAGGCCCCCCUCAAGGGAUGAUUCCUAUGCAACAGCAAGGAUUUCCAAUGGUUCCUGUCAUGCAGACCAACAUGCCAGGGAUGAUGGGAAUGAAUUAUGGCUCUCAGAUGCCUCCUGGACCCAUGACCAUGCAGGGUGGCAUGGCCCUAGGGCCCAUGCCAGCAGCUGGAAUGCCCUACAUGGGCCAGGCCUCUUUCCUGGGAAUGCGCCCGGCCGCCCCGCAGUACAGCCCCGACAUGCAGAAGCAGUUCGCAGAGGAGCAGCAGAAGAGGUUUGAGCACCAGCAGAAGUUCUUAGAGGAGGAAAGAAAACGGCGGCAGUUUGAAGAGCAGAAACAAAAGCUGAGACUCCUGAGCAGUGUGAAACCCAAGACAGGUGAAAAAAGCAGAGAUGAUGCUUUGGAAGCCAUUAAAGGGAACUUAGAUGGCUUUUCUAGAGAUGCUAAAAUGCACCCAACACCAGCAACACAUCCAAAAAAACCAGAUCAUCCCACACCAUCCCAUUGUGCUGUAUCUGUUUCCCAUUCUGCUUUUCUCGAUGAUGAAGAAUUUAGUGACUUUAUGCAAGGGCCUGUUGAAACCCCCAAACUGGUGCCUCAAUCCACCUCUCAGCCUUUCCAUCCUGCCACUGAGGCUGGGCAGCUGCUUUCAGAGAGGGCUGUGCUCCAACCUGUCCCUCCAGCCCAGGCUCCAGUGUUAUCCACCCUGCAUGGUACAACUGGGCAGGUUCCUUAUUUUCCUACCUCUGCAUCUCCAUCCAAUACCCAUAAAACAGGCUAUUCCUUGGAGGAGAAAGCCUUAGCUAAUGGCCCAGAUGAAUCUGAACAAGAGCAAACCAAACUUAAAACAUCCGAAGUUGGGCACAAAGCCUCGGCUGCAAGCCAAGCCCAUCCCAGUCUCACCAGCAGUGACUGGGAUGUUGUAGGUGGACAUGAAAGUGGUCCCACUGCUGCUGCAGAGGUGCACAAGGCUUCAGAACAAAACAGAGCAGUUGAAGAGUGUGGAGUUGGAGUGUUCCCUCCCCAGGACCCCAUCCAGCAAAUUAUGCCUCCCUGGAUUUACAACGACAGCUUGGUCCCAGAGCUGUAUAAGAAAAUCUUAGAAACCACUUUGACUCCUGCUGGCAUUGACACAGCCAAGCUCUACCCCAUCCUGAUGUCGUCGGGACUGCCCAGGGAGACCCUGGGGCAGAUCUGGGCUCUGGCCAACCGCACCACGCCCGGGAAGCUCACCAAGGAGGAGCUGUACUGCGUGCUGGCCAUGAUAGCAGUGACUCAGAGAGGGAUCCCUGCCGUGAGCCCGGACGUGCUGAACCAGUUUCCAGCCGCGCCCGUCCCCACCCUGUCCGGGUUCCCGGUGCCGCUGCCCGGCGGGGUGAGCCAGCCCCCGCUGCUGCCCGCGGCUCCCCCGGCCCCCGUGGGGCUGGGCAUGGGGCCCUCCGUGAUGGGCAUGAGCAUCCCCGGCCCUGCUGCAGCCCCGGCCGCGGCUCCGGCACCGGCUCCAGCGGGAGGAGCUGCAGCACAGCCUUCCGGAGCCUUCCUGCCCUCCUACCCGCCCGGCCAGGUAGUAAAACCAGAAGAUGAUGACUUCCAGGAAUUUCAGGAUGCCUCAAAGUCUGGCUCCCUGGAUGACUCCUUCACUGAUUUCCAGGGGGAUGCAGCCAAAGCCACCAGUUCACAGCACCGGAGCAGUGUUCCUUCUUUACUAAUGCCAGUCCCAGGUACUAAGCCGCUCUCACCAGCUGAUAAAUAUGCUGUGUUUAAAGGAAUGGCAGCUGAGAAGCCUUCUGAGAGUGCAGCUGCUUUUGGAGAUGGAGGGGACAAGUACAGCGCUUUCCGGGAAUUAGAGCAACCAGCAGAAAGCAAAUACUUGGGAGAGAACCUUGCAGAGUUCAAGCCCACAGGAGCUGAUGAUGGUUUCACAGAUUUCAAAACCGCUGACAGCAUCUCCCCAUUAGAGCCGCCCUCAAAAGACAAAACCUUCCCUGCGCCCUUCCCUCCUCUGCCUGCUCAGCCAAAACAGCCAGCACAAGCCAAGACCCCUUUGAAUCUGGCAGACUUGGAGCUCUUUUCCUCUCCUGGAGAAAACAAGCAGCCAUCCUUCCCACCUGCGUUUAACGCCUCAAAACCGGGCUCCUUUCCCCCCCCACCCCUUCCACCGGCCUCUGCCCAGCCAGCACCCGGCAAAACUUCAAGCUUAGCUGAUGACUUUGGAGAGUUCAACCUUUUUGGGGAAUUUUCUAACGGUGCAUCAGCCAGUGGACAGGAUGACUUUGCAGAUUUUAUGGCUUUCAACAACGGCGGGGGGUUUUCCGAACAAAAGCCUGAUGACAAAUACAAUGCACUCAAGCUGGAGGCCAGCCCUGGUGCUCAGGUCGCCUCCUCAGCCAGCACAGUGAAGGGUGGGCAGAGCUCUGCCACCACUGCUACCCCCACCAAAUACGACAUCUUCAAGCAGCUGUCCCUGGAAGGAUCUGGAGCGGGCUUCGAGGAGGCCAAGGACAGCGCGCUCUCCUCGGCAAAGAGCGAUGAUGACUUUGCUGACUUCCACUCCAACAAGUUUUCUUCCAGCGGCGCCGAGAAGUCGCUGGUGGACAAAGUGGCAGCUUUCAAGCAGGCCAAAGAAGACUCUGCUUCGGUGAAAUCCCUGGAUCUGCCUUCCAUCGGCGGCAGCAGCGUGGGCAAGGAGGACUCCGAAGACGCGCUGUCUGUUCAGUUUGACAUGAAACUGGCUGAUGUGGGAGGAGAUCUUAAGCAUGUCAUGUCUGAUAGCUCUUUGGAUUUGCCAACAGUUAGUGGCCAGCAUCCACCAGCAGCAGAUGUGGAUGACUUAAAGGGUGGCCCGUUUGGAAGCUGUCACAGUGGCUCUGCAGUCAGCAGCCUGGCGAGCUACGACUGGUCCGGCUCCGACAGGGACGACGUCCAGCAGGGCAAGAAGCUCUCGUGCUUCGCCCAACCCGCGGGGAGCAGCUCCUCCACGGCCACCUCUGUCCUCCAGAAGAAGGAGACCUUGUUUGGCAGCUCAGAAAACAUCACCAUGACAACGGUUUCCAAAGUGACAACCUUCUCCAGCGAGGAUGCUUUGCAGGAUGUUUCCUUCGCAGCCUUCGCAAACUUUAAGGACUCCGGGCCGGUCUCGAGCGCUCCGAGCGACGACGAUGUCGGGGACUUUGGGGAUUUUGCCAGACUUCCCUCGGAUGCUCAGGAAGCUGCAGCAGCUGACACAGCCCUGGGUGCUGAUUUCCUCGCUGGAGGCUCCUCUGAGCUGCGGAGGGAGGCCACAGAUGACUUCGGAGAGUUCCAAAGCGAAAAACCAAAAAUCAGCAAGUUCGACUUCUUGGUGGCAACUUCCCAAGGCAAGGUGAAAUCCAGUGAGGAGAUGAUCAAGAGUGAGCUGGCCACCUUUGACCUGUCUGUGCAAGGGUCUCACAAGAGGAGCCUGAGCCUGGGGGACAGAGAAAUCAGUCGCUCCUCACCUCUGCCAGCUCUGGAGCAGCCCUUCAGGGACCGGUCGAACACCCUGAGCGAGAAGCCAGCCCUGCCCGUGAUCAGGGACAAGUACAAGGACCUGACUGGGGAGGUGGAGGAGAGCGAGAGGUAUGCCUACGAGUGGCAGAGGUGCCUGGAGAGUGCCCUGCAGGUCAUAAAGAAAGCAAACGACACCUUAAAUGGAAUCAGCAGUUCAUCUGUUUGCACUGAAGUUAUCCAGUCUGCUCAAGGCAUGGAAUAUUUACAGGGGGUUGUUGAAGUCUACAGAGUAACAAAGAGGGUGGAGCUGGGCAUCAAAGCAACUGCUGUUUGCAGUGAGAAGCUGCAGCAGCUGCUGAAGGAUAUUGAUAAAGUGUGGAACAACCUGAUCAGCUUCAUGUCCCUGGCUGCUCUAACGCCAGAUGAAAACUCCCUGGAUUUCUCUUCUUGUAUGCUGCGCCCAGGGAUUAAGAACGCCCAGGACCUUGCCUGUGGAGUGUGUCUCCUAAACGUGGAUUCCAGAAGCAAAAAAGAAGAGAAACCUGUGGAAGAACUUCCCAAAAAAGCCUUUAAUUCUGAGACAGAUAACUUCAAGCUGGCGUACGGAGGGCACCAGUACCACGCCAGCUGUGCCAACUUCUGGAUCAACUGCGUGGAGCCCAAACCUCCAGGGCUCAUCCUGCCAGACCUGCUCUGAAAGCAGCUGCUCUGCAGGUGGAGCUUUGGGUCUAAUCAUGCAGGGCUUGGGGUAACUGCUGUGGUGGAGAGGCUGGAGCUGGGUUUGAAACGUUUGGGGUUGGUUUUUGGUCCAAAAAUCAGCGGAUUAAAGCCUCUGUUACAGAUGGUGAAGAACUCACUUCUAAUGGCCAAGGUUUCAGAAAUAACUGGAAAAUAUGUAGUAUGGGAAAAAAAAUAGAAUUUCAGUCUUUCUGAAGAUGAAAACGUUAUCCUGUGUAAAAGCAGCCAUGUGCAUAAACCUGGGAGAGGCUGGCAUGGAGCUUCCCAGAGAAUCUGGAAUGCUGGGCUGAUUUGCAUUGAAACAACCACUUAAAUACUUGAAGUCUGUAUUUGCAAGCAAAUCUUUUCCUUAACGUUUUUAGGACAUGGACCUUGAUGUUCUUUAAGUAUUUGCUGCUGUGAUAUCACAGCACAUGAGUCACAGCAGCAUCCAAGGCAGAAUGAAUUAUUGACUCAAGGAGAAGCUGCUGGGUGUUUGUGCUUCCACUGCUCUGUGUUGGAAGUUGUGCUGGAUGCAGAACUGGUUAGUGCUGGAAGGUGAGGACUGGAAAACUGCUGUCAUUUUCCCUGUGCUAUGUUCUAUAGUGCAGGCAGCUGGAGUUUAAAACUCAUGGUCUUUGUCGUAAAUACAGAUAAAUUUCCCUGGAUUAGUCCUGAGCCCCAGGUAGGAUUUUGUCUCUCCUGACCUUUUGGGAGCUGUGUGGCUGCAGCACUGCUGAAAGCUGGACUCUGCUGAUGCAGCACAUCUGCUGCUGUGUAGAUUCUUUCCCUUUUUUGGCUGUGGAGAUGCUGUUCCUGAUGGGAUGGGAUGACUGUGUGUGGCUCCUGCAGUCUGCUGCUACCUGUAGCAACGUGUUCCUGUGACUCAGAGCUGGCAGCACAAGGUGGCCCGUGGCUCCUGCAGCAGGAAGUGGGAUUUAACACCCAAAGGGAUUUAACCCUGGGAUUUGGUGGUCUCAGCAAGCUGUGUUUGAAGCAGGCAUUGUGUCCCUGCUGGUUUGUGGCUUUUGCAGGUGCCUCUCUGGACAGGUUUGUGUCACAGACUCUCACUGAAUGUUACCUGUACAUCUAAAGUACCUGGCUCCUCCUUCAGAUCCAGUAUCCAGAGGAGAGUGCAGUCCAUGGAGUGCUGGUUACAGGAUUUUAAACCUGUGUUACAAGAGUCAUCCCACAACCCUGUCUAGGUCUGCAAGGAAUGAAGUGGGGUGUGAAUCCAUAGGGUGCAACUUUCUCCUUCAUUCUUUGGCUUAGUCUCUCAGAUCUGUCCCUUUCCUCCAGAGAUCUCAACAGCUUCUCCAAGUUAAUCCUGCCCCAUUACAAGUACCUGACACUGACCUGUGGUUAUUUGCUGAGACAGAAAUUACAAUGAGGAAAACGAUGCUUUGUAUUUAAAAAACAAACAGGAUUAGUUAUACGAAACUAUUAAUUAGCCCAAAUGAAAGAAUCUUGGCUCAGAGGUGUCUGGCUCCUUCCUUACACCAAUUACAAUAAAUCUCCUUGCUGCCUCAAAUUAGCUCAUUCAUGAAAUAAAGCACCGUGUGCCUCCAGCUCCAGCUGAUCCAGAGGCAGAUUUCCCGUGCUGUGCUUCCCACAUCCUGCCCAGGGAUUUCCAAAAAAACAGGGAAGCAACUCCUUGCUGGGGCUGCUGUGCCCCUCACCAGUGUUCCCACAGGAGUCUGGGGACAGGGAGCCACUGGCAGGGAUUCUCCAGUGGGAGAGGCUGGUGCUGAGGGAACGCUGUGUUGGGAAAAGGGAAUUUACUGUCAGCCUGGUUUUGCACCACAGCUCCCCAACACUUUGCUAGAGAGGAAUUUUUUCUCCUAAUUAAAAGAAAAUGCCACAAAUAAGAGGUUGUGGUGUGAGAUUUAAAGCACCAGCUGUGCUGUCACAGGAGCACCUUCCAGUGCUGUUUUUUCUGUACCUGUUAGCAGCUCAGCCCCUCUCUGAGCUGCAGCCAGCGUGUCUUUUGGCCCAUAAAAAAUGGGAUGGACAUUUACAAUUCCAACUGCAGCAGAGCUCACUGAAGGGUGACACUGCUGCUCUCCUGUUCCCACAGCAGAGAGAGCAGCAGGCACCAUCCCUGUCUUUGUGGGGAGCAGGAAGGGCUCUGCUCCAUCAGCUGUGGGAGCACAGGGAACGUUUGCACGGAGAUCCCCUCGAUAAAGGCAUUGCACAAGGAGGAUCAGCUGCAGCUCCCAGUCAUUCCAAUGACUCACUGGAGCAUUCAGCAUCCUCUCGGAUGUUGUUGCCAGCCAAAGCCCAGUGUCCUUCCAAGCUGUAUCCAAGGUGACAGGAUUGUCACAGCCCACCUUCCCCCACUGCAGGCCCCUGGACACGCUGCCUUCCCCUUGCUUGUGUCCAAUUGCAGGCCUGUAACUCCUUUUCCUGCAUGGGUUCUCUCACUGGAGAAGAGAAACGAGAUUUUCUUGGUUUUUUUUUAAUCUAUGUGUAGAUAGCUAAAAGGGGCUGCCUUGGCAGUGACCUGUGCAAAGUGGGGUUUCUGUCCCUGUGUAUAUUUGGAGUUCUGAGGAAUUAUUUGCUCGGUUAUUUAAUGUAUUUAUGGCUUAACCCCAUUGUGUUCCUGGUGCUUCUGUGCCGUGGCAGCUUCUCCUGGUGCUGGGGGCUGCUCCAGCCUCCUGCCUGCCCCUCCCUCCUCGUGCUGGGCUGAGUCCCUGCAGCCCUCCCGAGGUCACCUGUGCCCUGGGGAUUGUCACCCCCUGCACUCACCAUCCAUCCCAAGGACUUUUCCUCCCUGGCAGCAGCUUCUCCUCGCUGGGUUUGGUGGGAACAGCUCCUUGCCUAAAAUCCCUGCAGGCUGUGGGAGUGAGGGUGAAGUUCAGCCCCAGGCUGAGCAGGAGCUGAUGGAAACCCAUGGAAUGCUCCCAGUCCUGUCAGCUGCGUUGGGAAUCAUAAACUUGAAACAAAACCUGCCUUUCCAAUAAAAGCUGCUAUUGUACAAACUGCUGCUUUGGAUUUACUUUUUAAUUCUGCACCUGUAUUUAAUUCCAGCUCUCGGUGUUAAAAUAGGAAUGUCAUAAUUUUAUGAAGAAGAGUGAUCAGAAAACUCUUUCUAUUGUGAUUCUUCUCCUGCCCUCUGGGCAAAUGUUGUUUUUCUUCCAGAAGUGGUUUUGUGAUUAUUAGUUGGAGCUGUUUGGGUUUGUGCUGGAGUUUCUGCUGAUAUUUCAAAUCCAGUGAGAAUAAGUGUUAUUAAUUGACUUUAGUACCUUGUUUACUCCCUUAAUUCCUGCAAUGAUUUAUAAAUCCUGUGUUGAGAUUCAAACCUGGUGUUCAAUAAAAAGCUUGUUUCAUAUCUGA